AGACUUUCUCCGAGAAAUGAAAUUUUUAGAAGGAAAUGAUAAUUAUCAAACAGUAUUUCCUUCGAUUGGAAAAAUUUCGAAGAAUAAUACACAUAUCGGUCAAGGAAUAUGGCUACCAACAGAGCAGUUUAAUUCUCUCAUAGCUGCCCAUCCAUCAAAGAGAUAUGCCAGCAAGUUUGUAAUGAGCUUGAGCUCAUGUGUCUAUGGAAAAGAAGUUCUGAAAAAUUCAUCUAUAACUGGUCGUCCAUGCAAUUCCAAGCAAAACAGCCUGCCUAAAGAUAAAUUAGAUGCAACCAAACUUUUGGCCAUUAAAGAUUUUUUUGAAUGGUGGUUGAAACAGAAAUGUAAGCUUAAUGAAGUUCAAAUAAUAAGCUAUGUCGCCAAAAUGAAUUCAUAUAUAACAAACAAAAUAUGUGAGUUAAACAGGAAUAAAGAACCCAGAAAAAGCAUAGCAAAAGUAAAAGAAGACUCGGAAGAAGAAAAGGAAUCAAAACUGGAAGAGGAAUCGGAAGAAGAAAAUGAAUUAGAAGAACAAGAUUCGGCAAAAGAAAUAGAAGAUCUCUCUGAUCAAGCAUGCGAAUCAGAUUAAUAACUUAAGUUAUAAAUUUAUAAGUAAUAAAUAGAAACAGUAUGA